AUGGGCAACUCUGGUGCUGCAAAUUACAGUUCUGUGUUUCUGGAUCACGGGCACGACUUAACGUUCGGGGUCUAUCCGAGACAGCUGGCCGGUACCCAACAUCCCGUCUUGCCUAAUGGCGGCCCGCAGGAUUGCGAGGGUGGUUCAAGAGAUGUACGACUGCCGACAAGAGAGGAUGCCAUGUCCUUGUUCGAUGAAUACAUCGAGAAUGCCAGCUACCUCCUGCGCAUAGUGCAUGAGCCCACCGCUCGACAGAUGAUCGUCGACACUUACAACCGCCUCUCACAUGGUCAGGAGGUGGAAUUGGGUAUCGCUGCUCUCAUUCUUAGCAUAUGUGCAUCGAGUGCUUUUCUGUGGAAUGAUAGAGGCCCCUCCUCGCUCAGGUUCAAAACGGCAGAAGAGGCGGCCCACCAAUCGUUCCUCUGGCGCAAGGCGACUCUGGAUAUUCUUGAUCAAAGUUCGCGGUCCUCUCCCAAGUCACUCGAGGCUGUUCAAGCCACCAUGAUCCUGGCUGAGCAGAUAUACAGUCUCGAAGGACUCUCCAGCACAUACCACUACUUGCACAGCUGCUCUAUCAGUGUUGCGCGGCAGAUGUCACUUCACCUUGUCGACGCUCCCAAUCAGCCUGAUCAGGGCAAUCUCAUCACCCGCGAGUACAAACGCAGGAUUUGGUGGUACCUUGCUUCAACAGAUUGGCUGCUUGGCAUCAUGAAUGGCGCCUUGGAUCGAACUUACUUGAUCAAUCCAAAACAUAUGAUUGUCAAGUACCCACGUCACCUCAACGAUGAGGACGUGGCUACCUUUGCUGAGGAUGAAGCAAGACCAGACACCCAGCCCACCGAGAUGUCCAUUUUCAUCCAACGCAUACGUUUGGCAGAUACGUGCCGUCGGAUUAUCGACGGUCUUCCUCUAGGCAUAGGUGAGAUCGACGGCCUACCAUACGAACAGGUUGAAGCACUAGAUCAAUUGUUCGAGCGUGAUCUCACAAAUCUGCUCCCGGCACUAACCCACCCUGACCCCCUGCCGCCAGAGGCGCCGGCCCGGUUUGCGUUUCAGAAGAAGACGAUUCUCCUGGCGUACCACGCAAGACGGGCCCGACUUUUGCGCCCGUAUCUCCGGCCAGGUCCCGCGCUACAUGAACCUCUCCGCGACAAGCUCCGAGCCACAUGCUUGAGGUCUGCGCAUGCUGUCUUGCAAACAGCCUCAGCUGUCCUGCAGGACUGCCUCGGAGAGUCGACGAUCGUCACGACUCCAGAUGGUAGCAUUGUGCAGAAACAACCCUCGUCGCACCGAAACGGCUGUAUCAUCAACCACCUGUUCAUGUCCUGCAUCGUGCUUGCAACCGACCCCACCCUCAGUCUUGGUGCGUCGAGCACGAGAGAUGCAGAAGCGGAAGCACGAAGGUUGGAGCUUACUAAUACAAUCCAGUUGCUGGAGAAGGUGGGUAAGGACUCGGUCAUGGUUACGAAUAUGCUGCGAGAUCUGACGGGCAUACUACGACGGCCCCGUAACCAAGGCGUUGGAGCUGUCGCCGAUGCGGUGCCCUGUGAGGCGGCACUGCCAGCGCUGACUUCUCCUUCAUUCAAGGACGCUGGGGACUGCACUGCUAUCGCAAGUGACGGGAAUGUUGAUCCGGUCCAAAAUGGGAGCUUCGAUAUGAACUCGGCGAUGGACGCGAAACCGGAGUGGAAUCUCGCCGAGGCAGACUCAAUUGACCUGAACGAGAUCUGGGACGAGUUCAUUGGCAACAUUCCGAAUGCGGAGGGGUGGGAUCAACUGUUUGCAGACCUGGACACCUUUCCAGUCCCAAUAUGA